GGUCUGGUGCUCGUCAUGCUGUCCUUCGCGCUGUCACGGAGCGUCUGCCAGGUUGUUGCGGAAGCGAGCCGCAGGUCUUCACCGGCCUUCGGUUCAGUUUUUCGGGCUUUUACGACCUCAAGUCCUACAUGCGGAGAAGCAUCCGACAGCGCUUCGGUGGUGAGCUACUCGCAGCUGAAGACCAUGCUGUCCAACCAUGAUGUCCAGCUGUUCGAUGUGAGAAAUCCUGAGGAGUACCAGGCUGGACACAUUCCAGAUGCUGUCAACAUCCCACUGGGCAACCUGGAGGAGUCUCUGAGGCUGUCCCCAGAGCGCUUUCAGCAGAAAUUUGAAGCGAGGGCUCCGGGGAAGAAUGAUGACAACAUCGUGUUUCACUGCAGAAGCGGCAAGAGGAGCUCCACAGCGCUGGACAUCGCCCGUCAGCUGGGAUUUAGCAAGGCGAGACAUUAUAAAGGAGGCUACAGUGAGUGGGCAGAGCGAGAAGGCAAAUGAAUCUGAAUUCUGCACUUUAGUUGCACAUCUUAAUUAAAAACAGAGCUAAUACAAAACUGCAGAAUAUAAAUGAAAGAUUACACACCUGUUACUCUUGAGCAACACUCAGUUACAGUUUUCUGUCAUAUGGACUGUUAAUAAGUUACAAUUCAGAUUCUGUUUCUUCACAGCUAAACACCACUUCUUUGCCAUGUUACAUUAUUUUUGCUACUGAUUCAGCCCUGUCGACAAGGUUUACCUGCUGUGUAUUCUUUUUAUCCUGUGUGAAGACAUGUGAUUCAGGACAAACUGAUGAAUGUGAAAGUGCUUGAGAUGAUUAAAUUAUAUGAAGAUUUCAACAUGGCUUUGUACACCUUUUGGCUUUUGUAGUUAGGAUCUAAAAAAAACAACAGUGUGCUUUAACCACUGGGGUUUGGGACAUAGUUGCAGUUUCCAAUUCCUUACUAAUUGUAUACAGUAUUGUGUGCACUGUGUU